AUGGAGGACCUCAAAAAACAAUACAGCAAGAUAAAUAAUGAAUUAAGAGAACAGAUCAUACACCAGAUCUUAAAUGAAAAGAAGUCUAUAGCAGAUGUUGCCCAAGAACAUAAUAUAUUACAAUCUACCUGUAAGUCCAUUAUUAAUACUUACAUGAGAGAGGGAAGAGUAGGCAAAAAGGAGAGCAGAGUAAGAAAACUUAAAAAAAUAAUCCGUAUUUAUGACAUUGUCUUAAAUCCUGUUCAGCCUUAAAUGUCGACUUACCUCUAUUGUCAAAAAACAGAGAAUUGCAUUGAGAAAUCGAUCAAGAGUCAGAAGGAGGAAAAUGAAUAACAAGAAAUUUAAGAAAAUGAAAAUAAUAAUAAUUUUAUGAUGCUUUCAUUUUGGUGCGAAUAAAUCAAGAAUCAACUCACAUCGUUUGCAUAACCAAAUUAUGCUUUUUAAACAUUCACUUAACCUUAUUAGAAAUGA